AUGGUGUUGUUCAUAUCAAAUCAUUCAAAUGAGUGUGAUCCCAAUUUAGACACGUUUAGCACUGAACAGCCUCAAAGGGGUCAACCAUUUGGAGGCGAAGAAAAUAAAGAUUGUUGGAGAUUUGAGUACAAGGGAGUCCGGCGACGGAAAUGGGGCAAGUGGGUGUCGGAGAUUCGAGUCCCGGGGUCGCAGGAGCGUCUGUGGCUGGGCACGUUUGCCUCGCCGGAGGCGGCAGCGGUGGCUCGUGACGUGGCUUACUACUGUCUGAGGAGACCGGCGUCGUUGGAGAAGCUCAACCUCCCGGAGAUGCUGCCUCCCUGUUAUAUCUGGCAGCAGAGGGAGAUGUCGCCGAGGUCGGUGCAGGCGGCGGCGUCGAAUGCCGGCAUGGCCGUCGAUGCGCAGAGGAUUGUUGAAGCAGAAGGGAAGAUUGAGAGGACAGAUAAUGAGCAGAGAGAAAACAGAGAGAUGAAUGACGAGUUCUGGUGGACUAGAACGACGACGACAACGCCGGCGCAGGUACCGGCGGUAUAUGGGAGGGCAUCAGUGAUGGGUACACACAAGGAGAAGCAUCGAGCAUUUCAAUCGAUGAUUAUUUUAUCGAUCUUCAAUAGUCUUAGAAGUUCAGGGAUUUAA